AUUUGCACUUUUCCAGAACUCCUGGCUUUUGUUCUCAACACCAUGAAAAGGAAGAAGAAAAGGAACGUCUUGGCACAAGGCUACCGUUUUCCGAGUGUGGCACAGGAGAAUCGAAACGCAGACUAUUUGAAAUUCCAAGCCGAGGCCACUCAGAGUGCUGCCUUCAUCCACGGCAGUGACCUGUGGAAGAGAGUCGCCUUACGUCUCGGUACAGACAUCACACGCUACCUGCUGGAGAGCUGUUCUGUGUUCAUGGCAGUCCCUCCCUCAUGUGCUUUCCAGCUGUGUGGUGUUCCCGUGUAUGACAGGGUGUCCAUGUCCACCAUUUCAAGCAAGUUUAAUCUGCAGCCUCAAGCUAAGAGCCGAGGUUGCUCUCCGUUUGGAAGGAGUCAGAGGUCAAACUUGAAGAGGAGACGUGUCGUYGUGAAGCCUGAGGCCAGCAAACCAGGGAUGAAAGGGGGUGAAAAAGUGAAUAAACGGAAAAGAAAGAGGGACCCAGAUGAGCCGGAGGAGGCUGCGCUGAGUAAAAGGAGACRACUGACCAAACAAAAAGACAAACAGGAAAUGGAACAGGUGUGUUCAGAAACAGAGGAAAGACCGAGCACGUCUGUGGAAUCAACACUGCCAAAGAAAAAUGUGGAAACUGAAGCGACUGCCUUCAAACAGCCCACUAAGACGUCAGCAGCCGUCCUCCCCUCAGGUGAUCCCAGUUGGAGAGCAGGAACUUUCCCACCUUUGCCCCCCACACGAUGUUUCAUCCAAACACUGAGGUUCCUGUACGGUGGCAGAGGGAUGCGCAGCUUCCUGCUCAACAGGAAGAAGACCACCGUGGAUGGAGCCAGAAGGUUACAGGGGAAGGAUUUAAUAAGGAUGGUCUUCUUUGAGGGUCUGAUGUAUUUUAAAGGGCUGAAGAGAAAACCAGAGAAACUUCCCCGACGGUUUUUUAACAUGGUACCUCUGUUCAAUCAGCUGCUACAGCUKCAUAAAAAAUGCCACUAUGACAAGAUUCUGCAGAAGAUGUGUCCGCUAGAUGAGCAGAGCAGUUCAGGACAGGCGGAGUUAAAGUCCCUGUUACCCAAACACUGCGCCCCUCAUCGGGUCUACCUGUUCGUCAGGGAGUGCCUCUGUGCUGUGGUCCCUCAAGAGCUGUGGGGCUCCGACCACAACCGUCUUCACUUCCUCGCCAGAGUCAGAGGCUUCCUGCGAAGCAGCAAAUUUGAAAGGAUGUCAGUGGCUGAACUGAUGUGGAAGGUGAAGGUGAACGAUUGUGAUUGGCUGAAGAUGAGUAAGACCGGUCGUGUUCCACCCAGUGAGCUGGCAUACCGGACCCAGAUCCUGGGUCAGUUCUUGACUUGGCUUUUGGAUGGGUAUGUUGUGAGCCUCGUCCGAGCUUGUUUUUAUGCAACAGAGAGCACGGGGCAAAAAAACCUCAUCAGGUUCUACAGGCURAAAGUGUGGGCCAGACUUCAAGACUUGGCCUUCAGAGGUCACCUGGCUAAAGGCCAGUUGGAGGAGCUGUCUCCAGCUCAGGUGGCUUCCCUCCCCAAAGGCACCGUCACCUCUCGACUUCGCUUCAUUCCCAAGACGGACAGCAUGAGACCCAUCACACGGGUUACAGGAGCGGACCCUAAAACCAGGGUCUUCCAGGCUCGUGUCAGGGACCUGCAGGACACGCUGCAGGCCUGUGUGCGCUCCACUCCGUCCCUGCUUGGCUCCACGGUGUGGGACAUGACUGAUAUCCACAGGCUGUUGUGCUCAGUGGCAUCGGCUCAGAAAGACAACCCACAAAGCCUCUACUUUGUUAAGGUGGAUGUGAGUGGAGCCUAUGAGAGUCUGCCACAUGACAAACUCAUGGAGGUCGUUAACCAGGUCAUUUCACCUGUCAAAGAUGAACCUCUCAAGGUCCGUCGCUAUGCCAAGAUCUGGAUGGAUUUUCAYGAAGGUCUGAAAAAGACCUUUGUUAGACAGUCAGAUUUCUUUAAGGACAGCUUCAGAUCAACCAACAUGAAGGGGUUUCUGAUGUCCCUGCAGAAAAGUGGAAAAGUCUACAACUCCAUCCUGGUGGAGCAGCAUUUCAGCUCUCACCUUUAUGGCAGACAGGCGUUGCAAUUCUUCACCCAAAUGUUAACUGACAGCGUGGUUCAGUACAAGAAGAAGACUUACCGUCAGUGCCGAGGGAUUCCUCAGGGAGCGGUGGUGUCCAGUCUCCUCUGCUGUUUGUGUUACGGCCACAUGGAGAACGUCCUGUUCAGAGACAUCACUAAAAACAAAGGGUGUUUAAUGAGACUGGUGGAUGACUUCCUUUUUAUCACUCCAGAUCACCAUCAAGCACAAACGUUUCUCAGAGUCUUGUUGGCUGGAGUACCAGAGUACGGGCUGGUGGUCAACCCUCAGAAAGUGGUGGUGAACUUCCAGGUACCAGGAAGUGUUGGCAGCUGUCCUGACAUUCGCAUGCUGCCGCCUCACUGCCUGUUCCCAUGGUGUGGUCUGCUGCUGGACACCUGCUCACUGGACGUCCACAAAGACUAUUCAAGUUAUGCAGGUCUGUCUCUGCGCUACAGCCUGACUUUGGGCUUUAACCACUCAGCUGGWCAGCAGAUGAAGAGGAAGCUGAUGGUCAUCCUCAGACUCAAAUGCCACGCCCUGUUUUUGGACCUGAAGAAUAACUCGGUGGAGGCGGUCUAUAAGAACAUCUACAAGCUGGURCUGCUGCAGGCCUGCAGGUUCCAUGUGUGUGCCCAGUGUUUGCCCUUUGGUCAGAAGGUUUCUAAGAACCCAGCUUACUUCCUGCAGAUGAUCUGGGACAUGGCCAGUUACACCAACAAGCUCAUCAGGUCCAGCAACAAGGGACUGACUUUAGGUGACAAAGCCCAGACUGGUGUGGUUCAGUACGAGGCCGUGGAGCUGAUCUUCUGCCUGUCCUUCCUGCUGGUUCUGUCCAGGCAUCGGCCGCUUUAUAAGGAGCUGCUGCCACAGCUGCACAAACGCAAGAGAAGCUUGGAGAGACGUUUGGGAGAUCUGAGACUGGCCAGGGUCCGGCAGGCCUCAAACCCCAGGAUCCCAGAGGACUUUGUAACCAUCCAGGUGUAGACCACCAGCAACAUCCCACCACUACUAAACAGAAUCUGAUGGUUCUGGUGAAGUUAAAGCCAUCAUUAUGUUUGUAUUAUAGUUUUCACUGGAUGUAUAAACAGUCAGGUUGUUGCUUGUUCUGUUGGAAUGAAAAGGUUUGUCUGAAUCAGCUGAUGGGGGCGGAGCUUCAGGAGCUUGUUUCACCUGUCAGAGCAGAGAAAUGAUGUCAUUUAUUCAACAUGUGGCUUCAAAGUUCUGACUGAUGACACAAUCAUAACUCUAUAAAACAGCUACAAACAAAUCAAAUAAACGUUUUUUAACAAAUCA